AUGCUGCGGUGGUCUGCGCAUACGCCCCCUGCUAGGGGAGUGGCGAGAUCUUCUGUCGCAAUUGCACGCAGGAGGAUCCAUCUCAGAAAAGACGUUAGAACUCCCAUUUUUACUUCGCAUAUUCACACAGGAGAGAGAAAUGUUAAAUCACUUUCGGUACCGUCUUCUGCCAGAUUCAAUGAGAUUGGAGUUCAACAGCUGAGCGACUAUGUACAUUCCCAAAUAUUCCCGAAUAAACCAAAUCCUCCAGAUGAAAGGCUUGUCGCUCUAUCGAAAGAUCACCUGUCCCGCCAUGACUUGCUGGGCAAAUCCCAGCAGGCUGCCGAUCCCAUCGCAUUCGACUUUCCGCCACUGGUUGGCCAGACAUUGGACGAACAUUUCCACAAGCUGGCAAUGGAUGCUUCCGAACCGUAUUUAAGCAUUGCGAAAUCCUACUCGUUGGUGAACGCACCGCAGAUGCCCCGGAAAUGGGCAAAGCGGAGCGGGUGGACAAAGUACAAUAGUGAUGGCUCCUGGGAAUCAGUGGACGCGCCGGACGAGUCUGCCCUGACCUUUGACACGGAGGUUCUUUACAAGCAAAGUCCGUUUGCCGUCAUGGCGUGCGCAGUUAGUCCCACUGCGUGGUACGCAUGGCUCUCCCCGUGGCUCCUUGGUGAAUCAGAGAAUGAUCGCCACCUCGUUCCGCUAGGCGAUAUGUCCAAACCUAGAAUUAUUGUCGGACACAAUAUUGGAUAUGACCGAGCUCGAAUUUUAGAGGAAUACGACAUUAAACAGUCACGCAAUUUUUUUGUCGAUACAAUGUCCCUCCAUGUGGCAGUAAACGGAAUGUGUUCUCAACAACGACCUACCUGGAUGCGACACAAAAAGAAUAGAGACCUAAGAGAUAAAGUUGCCAAUGAUAGCAAUGCCGUUGAAUUGUCCGCAUUGCUUGAAAGCAAGAUGCUCAGCGAAGAGGAAGAGGAGUUAUGGGUGGGACGAAGCUCAGUCAACUCGCUCCGGGACGUCGCUAAAUUUCAUUGCGACGUGACCAUCGACAAAUCUCAGAGGGACUAUUUUGGAGAGUUGGAAAGGGACGGAGUAUUGAGUCGCCUAGAUGAGCUUUUGGACUAUUGCGCCGCGGAUGUUGCUAUCACCCAUAGGGUUUACAAGAAAGUUUUUCCAAAUUUCCUCGAAGUCUGCCCUCAUCCUGUCAGCUUUGGAGCCUUGCGCCAUCUUUCUUCUGUUAUUCUACCAGUGAAUGAAUCCUGGGCCCAGUAUCUUGAGAGCGCCGAGAGUACGUAUCAUCAACGUCUUAAUGACGUUCAGAAUCGCUUGGUUGAGCUCUGCGAGGAAGCCUUGAAGGUAAAAGAUGACUCUGAUAAGUAUCAGAAUGAUCCUUGGUUGCGUCAGCUUGAUUGGUCUGGCCAAGAAAUAAAAAUGGUCAAGGGUAAAAAGAAAGGGGAUCCCCCUCGCCCAGCGGCAAGACAGAAAAAACCCGGCAUGCCUAAGUGGUAUAAGGAUCUUUUCCCGACUAGCAACGCCGACAUCAAUCUUACAGUCCGAACUCGAAUUGCACCAAUCCUGUUGAAAUUGUCCUGGGAUGGUCAUCCUCUUAUUUGGUCUGAUAAGUUUGGCUGGACAUUCAGAGUCCCUGAGAAUGAAGCCUCAAGCUAUCAGAACCAGCCGGUUACUCGUUGCGAUAUGUUUGACGAGACCAAUGCAGAACUCCGAGACGAUAGGAAACAUGUUUAUUACAAGCUCCCACACAAGGAUGGACCGCAGGCUCGGUGCAUCAACCCCUUAGCUAAAGGCUAUCUAACCUACUUUGAGCGUGGAACUCUUUCGUCUAAAUAUGCGCUCGCUAAAGAGGCGUUGGAGAUGAAUGCGUCCUGUUCAUACUGGAUUAGCGCUCGCGAUAGAAUCAUGAGCCAAAUGGUUGUGUAUCAGGAUGAGCUGAAGAGCAAAACCAAGAAGACUGAGAAGCAGCUCGGUUUUAUUCUACCUCAAGUUAUCCCAAUGGGCACAAUCACCCGUCGCGCUGUGGAAAACACGUGGCUCACUGCUAGCAAUGCCAAAGCCAAUCGAGUCGGAUCCGAACUCAAAGCCAUGAUCAAAGCUCCACCUGGUUAUGUAUUUGUUGGCGCCGACGUUGAUUCUCAAGAGUUGUGGAUUGCAAGCUUAGUCGGUGACGCGCAAUUUCAGCUACAUGGAGGUAAUGCUAUCGGCUUCAUGACGCUGGAAGGCUCUAAAGCCGCCGGGACCGAUUUGCACUCACGAACUGCAUCAAUUCUUGGUAUCUCUAGGAAUGAUGCCAAAGUUUUUAACUAUGGACGCAUCUACGGGGCAGGGUUGAAAUUCGCCGCUACUCUGCUUCGUCAAUUUAAUCCAUCGUUAAAUGAGAAGGAGACCAAUCAAAUUGCUUCCAAACUGUACAAAGAAACCAAAGGUGCCCGCACAACGCGCAAAAUCUUAAACGAUGGACCUUUUUGGCGCGGAGGAACGGAGUCCUUUGUCUUCAACAAGCUGGAAGAGUUCGCCGAACAGGAACGGCCGCGGACGCCAGCGUUGGGGGCUGGUAUAACUGAGGCUCUCAUGCGUCGUUUCAUUAACAAAGGCAGUUUCAUGACCUCGCGUAUUAAUUGGGCCAUCCAGUCUUCGGGCGUGGAUUACCUACACCUCUUGAUAACGGCGAUGGACUAUCUCAUUCGACGCUUCAACGUUGACGCUCGAUUGGCUAUCACUGUACACGAUGAGAUUCGUUAUCUGGUUAAGGAAGAGGACAGAUAUCGCGCUGCGAUGGCUUUGCAAAUCGCCAAUGUCUGGACCCGUGCCAUGUUCUCCCAGCAAGUCGGUAUUGACGAUCUUCCACAAUCAUGCGCAUUUUUCUCCGCAGUCGACAUUGAUCAUGUUCUCCGAAAAGAAGUGAACAUGGACUGCGUCACACCUUCUCACCCACACAAGAUCCCGCACGGAGAAAGCCUGGACAUCAACCAAUUGAUGGAAAAGGGAACGGACGCGUAUCUCGACCCUUCUAUCCAACCGUCCUUGGUACCUACACCCACGAAGCACUCUUAUACACCAAGACAAUCGGUGAUGUCGGCUCUCCAGAGCUCCAGCGAUCUUCCAUUUAUCAAGGCACAAAUUACCGGUGAUGACAAGGAACUUCGAGACAUCAUCAAGGAAAAGACGGCGAUUUUGGCGAAGUCGAAGUCUACCACCGCUACCACAACAAGCCGUCAACGAACGAAUGCUGCUGCGUCCAAGCCUGCGAGUGCACCUCAGCGAGCGUUGCUCAUCGAGGAAUGGAAUAAUUACGGUCGCCAGCAAUAUCCGAAUUCCAAACCAAACAGCGCAUUCCCAUACACCAAACAUCCCUACAAACAAAGGCCCUCUGCCCGCGCGUGA